AUGUCUAACGAGAAAUCCCCUGAAGGGCCCACAAUUAAUCAACUUGAAUUCGCCGACAAGAGACGAUGGAUUGGUCUUGCUCUUUUCGGUGCCUCGUCAAUCUUGAUCAGUGAAAUCAGCAUGCGUCUUUUUAUGAAUCUAAAUCUAAUUGGAACGAUUGAGAUCCCCAUAAUCUUGUUCCAUUUUCUUGCAACUUUUAUCUCAAUUGUCGGCUGUUUUUAUGGAUACAAAUCUGGGCACCAAGAGUGGAUCAACUUUUACGGUUACAAUGCGAUAAUUUUCUGGCUUGCUCACAUGAUCAAGAUCUUAAUCGAUGUUUACGAUGGAACGACAAACAGUGAUGAAAUGGGACAAUGGAAACUGUUGACUAUUCAUUCCUUUGUUGCCAUCACUCAGCUCUCGUCAACUAUUCUUUUAUCGCAAUCCAAUGAAUCAUUG